AUGGAUUUGUAUAUUAACAAUUUCUUGAUUAGCAAUUAGAAUUAAGAUGCAGUUUCUAAGACUGAAAUGCAAGAGAAAGAGAGUAGUAAUAGCAGCAAAAACAAUGAAUCUCCAAUAUUAAAUACAGAGACUAAUUAACAAAAUAAAGAUGCAUUAAAUGAAUAAUUUAAAAGUGAUAAUACAUUAAAAUAUGAGGAGGAAUUUGCUAAGAACACUGCUUAAUAAAGGAAAUAAAAGAAUAGUGCAAAUAGCAGCUUUGCAAUGAGGAAAAAAGUGUUGAACUAGUCAGAAGAUGUCAUUUAGAAUGCUAGUUUUAAUAGAAAUAUUUGCAGCUCGAGAGGAUAAAUAGAAUCUCGAAAUGAUAAGUCAAAUCUAACUGUUUUAAAUAAUACAUUUAUGAUAUCGAAGGGUUUUAAUUCUGGAUAAAUUGAUAAGGAGCUCUUCAGCAAAGAGGAAGCAAGCGUAUUAGCAGUAGACGACUAUGAUAAUGAUAGUCUGGAUGAAGGAGAUGAAUUAAGUUAUUUUGAAUUAAAUUAUAUCUCCUAAACUGGUACUAACUAGCAAGUAAAGAAAAUAAAAAGAGUAAAAAAAACAUAUUUAGAUUAAUUACCUGAAGCAAAUCCAAUAGCAAAAAGGGAGUUAAGAGGAAUUGAGCAGCUCAAGAGUGUUUAUGAUUAUUCUCUAAAAUUCAAGGAAUAGCAAAUUGUAAAUUCAUAUUUAGAAUCAUUUCAUAUGGCUACUGAAAAUCCAGAAGAAUUUCAAAAAUUAGUGUAAAGAAAAGAACCUCUUGGAGUCAGAAAUAUAAAUGCUAUCAAUACAAACUACAUACUAGGAAACAACAACCCUGGAAUUUCUGUUAACUCUGAUGGCAGUUAGACAAGAUAAUUUAUAUACUAAAUGUUUACAGAAGAAAACAAUAUUGUUUACUUGAAAAAUCCAUUGCUCAAUAAUUAGGUUCUUUGUACAUUAUACAAAAUGAGUGCAAUCAGGAAUGGUGAGCCUUAUUCAGAUUUUAAGUCAAAAGAAGCCUCAGAAAUUACUUAACAGGAGAGACUUGAAUAAAUGAUUAAAGAAAAUUUAACAAAGAAAUAAAAAGUUUUGCAUUUCGACAGUAAAUUUGAAAGCGGAAAUCUAUCAAUAGUCUCAAUGAAAUCAUCUGAUGAAUACAAUUUGCUUUUGCAAAAUGAUAUAAAUACCAAGGGAUACACCUAAUGGUUCUUUUUUAGUGUAAAGAAAACUCAUAGGAAUCAAUCAGUUAAAUUUAAUAUAGUUAACUUCUAUAAAAAUGGAUCUCUCUUCAAUGAAGGCAUGAAGAUCUCUAUUUUUUCUAAAAAGAAGUAUGACCUGACGAAAGUUGGUUGGUUUAAAGGAGCCACCGAUAUCGGUUACGUUAAAAAUAACAUAGUAAAAUAAAAUGAUAACUACUACUACACGCUUACAUUUAAAUAUACUUUUGAGUAUAAUGACGAUGAGGUUUUCUUUGCUUACAAUAUACCUUACACUUACACUUAAUUAAAUUAGUUUCUUCAUAAAUGCGAAAUGGAUCCAUAUAAAAACUAAUUUAUUUAUAAAAAAAUAUUGUGCAGGACUUUGAUAGGGAACAAGUUAGAUUUAAUCACUAUUACAAAUCCAUGCAAAAAUAUUCAAGAUGAAAUGUCCUAAAGGAAAGGAGUUAUUAUAUCUGCUCGUGUACAUCCAGGUGAAACAGUUUCAAGCUAUAUUAUGGAGGGAAUUAUAGAAUUUUUACUAUAAAAUACAAAAGAAGCACAUUUUCUUAGAGAAAAGUUUAUCUUUAAGAUCAUUCCUAUGAUGAACCCUGAUGGAGUUAUUCAUGGAAAUUAUCGUUGUUCUUUAGCUGGAUGCGAUCUUAAUAGAAGAUGGAAAAAUCCAAAUUAAACUCUGCAUCCUGAAAUUUACUACACAAAAUAAAUGAUUUUUGAUUUUAAACAAAAAAAUGAUAUCGCUAUGGUCAUUGAUCUCCACGGGCACUCUAGAAAAAUGAAUGUAUUCGCCUAUGGUUGCCAUGACAAAAAAAAACCUUUUGAAUGUAGAGAAUUUCCAUUUAUUAUUUCUAAGUUAAACUCUUCAUUCUCAUUUAAAGACUGCAAUUUCAAAGUAUAAAAAAACAGAGAAGGAACUGCAAGAAUUGCUUUGUAUAAAUCACUGGGAAUACCAAAUAUUUACACUAUUGAAUCCUCUUUUUGUGGACCUAGCUAUUUGAAUACACACUUUACAGCUGAACACUUAAAAGAAAUGGGACAUUCUAUUUGCUAAUCAAUUUUAAUGAAGUUUUAAAUGGCAAACUUCUAGCAAUAUUUAAAUUAACAAGAAGAAUAGCAAGACAAUUAGUAGUAGUAGUAAUAAAAUUUAGAAUAAGAAAAUAAAACUUAACAGAAAAAAAUAGAAAUACCAUCAUUUUUCUCAAAAGUAUGUAGUUAAUAAAAUCUAACAUCUAAUAAAAUAUUCCUUGAUGAACUAUAUGAGAAUCCUGAAAAUAUAGACAUAGGUAUGAAGAAUGAUAGUGGUUCAGAUAGUGAGCCAUCAGGAGAUAAUAUGAGUGAUGAUGAAUUGAAAAAAAUGUUCACAAGUAAAACAAAAAAAUCAAAGAAACUCCUUGACAAAAAUACAAAAGAAGUUGCUACUAUUUAGCCUCAAUCAUAAAUUAAAGAUCCUAUGAGUCAAACUUAGACAAUUCUAAAAAGAAAAACCCAAUCUAACUUCAUGACCAAAUCGCCUGAAAAAAAAAUAAAUUCAUAGUAAGGUACUUCUUCUAGCGAAGUGAAACCAAAAGCAUUCAACUUUGAUAAAGCUCCUUCCCCCAUACGCUCAAGGACCGUCAUAAAAAAUAGCUUUCAUCAAACUGGAUACAACUUUGUUAAAGAUUAGAAAAAUUAAAAAGCUGAAAAAGAGAGCUAAAGCUAAAUGAAAAAUAUGACUGUACUAGAGCCUAAGUUCGUUUACUUUCCUCUGAAAGUUCCAGAUGCUUUCCCAAAUAUUGAUAAAUAUAAAAACAGUUUGAGGGAAACAAAACUGCGCAAAUUAAGAGAAAAUAGCUAAGUAAGGCAAUAAAUGGGAAAUCCUUAGCAGACGCAUAGAGUAAUUUAAAUGAAAUUACGACAAAGUUAUAAUAACGGAGCUGCUGAAAAUCAAUCUAAAAUAGAGAAGAAACCACAGCUUAUCUCUCCUAGAGAAUUCAAAUUCAACUAAGCUAUUCCUUAACCAAUAGAAAACACAGUUAUAGAUUCUUCCUUACCUGUAUACAAUGGCAUCAGAGAUUCAAUUAAUAACACGAAUAAAUCUUAGCUGGGAAGAAUUUUAAGAACAAUUAUGAAUACUCAAACUCCAGACUGGAUUUAUGGAUAUUCUGGUAAUAACUCUUAGUACGACACCUUAAAUAAAUCUUUAGUGCAAGAAGGGAGCUAAACAUUAACAAGAGGUGGUUCUAAAAACAUGAAGCAACAAUAACAGCUGUAUAAUUAAUCGCCUCCUUAGUCAAACAUAGUAGAAAAGUAGCAGAGAUCAAAGUCUAAUGAUAUAUCUUAAUAUGUUUUUAAGAUGUAAAAAUAUGAUAUAUUUAAUGGAACAUUCACAAAUCUCCCAGAUUAAAGCGAUGUAAAUAAGUAAUCUAAUAGAAGCUUGCAUGAGAAUUAGUUUUACUAGCCCACCUUUUGUGAUUAUAAAUCUCUUUAAAAAACUAAAUUUGAUUAAGCUUUCACAGGAGUACCUCCUACUGCUAACUCUACCACCAACAGUCUAAAUAAUAGUUUUGCUUCAAUAAACAAUACUUUAAGUAAAUAACAAAAAAUAAUAAAACCACAAUCUGCAUCUAGAACAGUUCGUAAACAACUAACAACAAAUUAACAUUUAAUGAAUGGAAUUAAAUUGUUUUAAGAUUAAUCAAAAGGAGAUUUCGAAGGAAGCAACAUAAAUAACAAUGGAGGCAAUACUGUAGUUGUUGAUGAAAAAAAUAUUAAUCAAUAAACAGUUUUCCAACCAAUUAAAAUAGUUUAUAUUUGA